AUGAGUAUUUAUUUCAACUCAUUCAAUAAACAAAUAUACCUUAGCCUUCUAUUUAAUAAUUUUUUUCUUCUCUUUUUCCAUUUCUUUUUCUUUAUUAUCUCAAAUUUCUUUUAUUUCUCUUUUCUUUUCAUAUUAAUCUUUCCACUUUCACUUCGAUUUCUAUUCUUUCAUUUCUCCUUUAUUUUGUCCUUCUUUUCUCUUUUAUGUAUUUCUUUUUUCUUCUUUUCUCUAAUAUCAUUAUUUUCUCAUCUUUUCUUAAUAAUUUCCCUUAGCCUUUUCUUUUUUUCCUUUUUUUUUAAUUUUUUCUCUUCCCUUUUUUUUUUUCAUUUUCACUAUUUAUUUAUUUCGUUCUUUCCUUCUUCUUUAUUAUUUCUUUUUCACCCAUUUACAAAACAUUUUUUUGGAUAUUAUUAUGAUACUUUUUUCCAUUUUAUCUCUCCUGUUUUUUUCUUUUCUCUUCUGAGUUCUUCCUCUUCUUCAUCUUCAUUUCUCUCUCUAUGUUUUAGCCUUUUUCACCUCAUCUAUUUUUAUAUUUCUUUCUUUUGUCCCCCUUCCCAUUUUAUAUCCAUUCUCUUUUCUUCCCUAUAUCUGCAUCUUCACUUUUUUUUUUUACAAUCCUUAAUUAAUUUUCCUUUUUUUUUAAUUUCCUUCUUUUUUUACUCUUAUUUUCAUCGUCAUUUUCAUUUCCUUCAUUUUGUAUUUUCUCUCUAUAUUUCUAUUUUCUGUUUCUUCCUUUUUAUACCUUCAUUUCCUCAUACUUCCUUUCCUAUUUAUCUUUUUCUCUCCAAAAUUAAACUCCUCUUCAGUCCUUUUUCCUGCAUUUUCUUCAUCCGACAAAUUCAUAUUCUCCAUAUUUCUUUUCCUUCUUCUCCUAGGCUUUCUUCAUCUUUCAAAAUAUGUUUUUAA